AUGGGUACGUUUGUGACCCUGUCAGAAGUGUUGGAGGCCCGGGGGUCACCGCUGGACGAGGAUGAGGUGUGGUGUCUGCUGCUCGCCACCACGGAGGCCCUACUGGACAUCUCAAACAAAAGUUCUGGCAACAUGUGCAGCGUGCUAAGCCCAGGCUCGGUGCUACUGUCAGCCACCGGGCGUCUGGCCUUCAAGAGCUGUGCAAGAUAUGAAGAUAUUAGCUCCUUCACGGCUCCCGAGGUCCAGCAGGCUUAUGCUGCCUCCACCAGGACUCCAGCUGAAAAGAUGGUUGUGUACUCACUGGGGAUGACUCUUUACUGGUGCGUCGAUUAUCAUCUACCUCAUAACCAGCCGGUCCAGCUGAGUGCAGGGCUGGAGGGUUUACUGCUUAGUAUGUGUGAGGAGAUGGUGGUGAGGCGGGCCGACCUCCUGACGGUGCUGGAGACAUGUGAGCUGCACCACAAGGCCGCCAUGCUGCCUCCUGCUGAGCGCCUCGUAAGACAGCUGGUGGAAGACGUCUACAGGAACUCAGUUGAUCAUGUGUCCAUGGCUGAAAAUGGAUCCCAACUGACAGACCGCAGUCAAAUGGUCAGGGACAGAUUACACAGGGGCUCCUUCAGUUACUCAACAUGGGCGAUGAAGAAGAAGAUUUCCAGAACAUUCUCUGGAGCAUCUUAUCCAUCCGAGCAUGCAGGGUAUGAAGUGUGCAUGAUCCAUCAUGACUCUGAUCAGACUGAGAAUGGCAAUCUCAUUUUUUCCAGGACCCCCUCUGGAGGUCGACACAGAGAGAGUAACGGCAGCUGGCAGCAGCUGAACCGCAGCCCCUGUAGUCCGUACAUGGACAGUAAUCGAGCUGCCAACUUAAGAUCGCUGACACGGUUUGACUCCACAAUGAGUCUGAAUGACAAGAAAGCCAAGGACCUUGGUCCUGAGUUCGUGAGAAUUUUAGAUGAGCCGCUUGUCGUCUUGGAGCUGCCUGGAUCCAUCGUGUCAAAGAAAGGGAAAUCUUCAACCACCCAGAGAGAGCUGAGCGUGGUGAUGCCAAAUGGUCAGAGCAUCCUGGUCAAGUGUGAGGUGAAGUCCAGAGGAGGAGACGUCUUUGACAUGAUUGUGGCUCACUCCAACCUGAUGGAACAUUUCUACUUUGGCCUUGCCUACCUUGAUGAUAAUGAGUUUUUCUUUGUGGACAACGAUACCAAGAUUUCCAAAGUUGCUCCAGAUAGCUGGAAGAAAGUGCCUACAACCACCUUUGUUCUUUUCUUCAGGAUCAAAUUCUUUGUCAGUGACAUGUCUCUUCUUUUGCACAAACAGACCCGCCACCAGUAUUACCUCCAGCUCAGGAGAGACCUUUUGGACGACCGGCUGUCCUGCCACGAGGAGACUGCUCUGUACCUGGGAGCUCUGGCCCUGCAGACGGAGUAUGGAGACUGCAUGCCUGAGGUGUAUGGUAGGAACUACUACCGCCCGGACCAGUACAUCCCCAAAAGUGUGAUGGAGAAACGUGCCCUGCCUUACAUUAAAGACGAGCUGCUACGACUUCAGACCAACAACGCUCAGAUGCUCACUGACGAAUCAGAGCUUGAGUUCCUCAAAGUCUGUCAGCAGUUGCCUGAAUACGGUGUGUUGUUCCACCGUGUGACGCGUGAAAAAAACCCUGUAGAAGGAGAGAUUAUCCUCGGGGUUUGUGCCAAAGGAAUCAUCGUCUAUGAGGUUAAAGACGGCUGCAGGUCCACCAGUAAGAAUUUCUUCUGGAGGGAGACCGCAACCAUCUCCUCCAAUAGGCAUAAAUUUAUAGUAGAGAGCCGUGGCAGCAAGAAGAAGUACAUCUUCAUCACAGAAAGGUCCAAGGUAGCCAAGUAUCUGUGUAACCUGUGCUCCGCCCAGCACAAGUUCAACAACGAGAUGAGCUCCCGCCAGCUCACCCACAGCCUGAACUCAGCAGUUUGUCGUGCCCAGAGCAGCCGGAUCAAGUCUUUCUCAUGUUCCGAGACGCCACAGGAUGAAAGUGGUCUGACCACACCUCAGGAGGAGUCCCUAACCAAGCUGUGUGACGACGUCACAGCAAGGAUGGAGGCUCGGGUCGAACAGCCGCAACAGAGCCUCAACGAGCAGAGUUCCGGCUCCAGCAGUCAGCCCAGCAGCACUGGCAUGCAUUCCCCAGCAUUCUCUCUGAGGAGUGGCUCCGAGGUCCCCCCUGGUUCGCCAGCACCCAAAGAAACUCGGCCUAAGCUGGGAUCGUCGUCAGAGAGAGAAGUCAUCUGUGUUUCCUUAAAGAAAGACCCAAAGCUUGGCCUUGGUAUAGUGAUAGUGGGGGAGGACACUGUGGGGUGUUACGACUUGGGCAUCUUCAUUGCCUCCAUUGUUCCUGGUGGACCAGUUGACAAGGAUGGACGCAUCAGACCAGGUGGUCGUAUGAUCUCUCUGAACCACAUCAGCCUGGAGGGCGUUACCUUCACUGAAGCAGCAGAGGUCAUGCAGAGCAGCCCCGAGGAGGUGCAGCUCAUUAUCUCACAGCCAAAAGCUCCUCUCAGUCACAACAGCCUGCGCUCUCCUGUGCUGAGGAAUUACGAAUCCCAGACCACACUGAUGACAGGUGGCCGAUCACAGGACAGCGGCCUGGAUGAUAUAGUUUCGGUCAUGAUGACUCCAAAGACCGGCAACAGGCUGCACGUCCCCUGUGGACCUCGAGUCCUCAGUUCACAGGACGGCAGCUCUCUGUCUACCUCUCUGAACUCUGUGAGGCCAGAGGAGAUCACCGUGGAGCUCAGGAAGAUAGCAGGAAGUCUGGGCAUCAGCAUCUCGGGUGGCGUCAACACUAACCUUCCUAAUGGAGGAGUCUACAUCAAGAGUCUCGUAGCAGGCGGGGCUGCAGAGAGGGACGGACGUGUCCAUACAGGCGACAGACUGCUGGAGGUGGAUGGGAUUAGCUUCCAGGGCUUCACCUACCAACAGGCUGUGGAUCGUCUGAGUCAAACUGGAGAGGUGGUGACCAUGGUUGUGGACCAGGAGCUGGUGAACCUGCCCAGGGUUUCUUUCAGUGCAGACACCAGCAGCAGCGCUUCCAAUCAGAGCCUCAGUCCAGCCACAAGUCGGCAGGGACACAAAGGCUGCUCGUCCAACAGCACCCCUACGAGGACAGUCAGUGACAAGCCCAGAGACUACAGCUUCAUUACUGAUGACAACACCCAGGAGGUGACGCUGACCAAGAGUACCAAAGGCCUGGGUUUCAGCUUCCUCAUGUGCGAGCUGGAUCCACCCACGCCGGACUUUGGCAGCCUGGUGCGGAUAAAGCAGCUUUUCCCCGGUCAGCCGGCGCAGCAGAGCGGCAGGAUCAAGGAAGGAGACGUCCUGUUGGCCAUCAACGGACAAUCGCUCAAGGAUCUCUCCUAUCCAAAAGUGCUGAGGCUGUUCAAGAUUUCACCAGCUGAGGUUCAACUGACUCUCUAUCGGCCUGCCGACGGGAUGCUUCCUUCCAUCGAGCAGUUCACUGGCACAUGA